AUGGGCACACUGGUGCCUGUCCCGCCGGCAAGCGGGGAAGCAGGCCCCGUGGCACUCGAGUUGCCCCCCAAGCCCAUCCCUUUGCCUCUUAGUGGGCAGCUGAAUCCCUCAGCGUUUAUCACAAACCUGUGGCUCAGCGUUCGCGUCUGCCCUUGUGGCUUCUCCCGCACAGAUUUGUUGCUCAUCGCGCGCAGCCUGCCCAAGGCAGAAGUGGGAGCAGGCGUUUCUCAGCCAGUAAUAUUCCGAAUGCAGCGACCGGCUUGCACUGCCCUGCUAUCGCCCACUGGGACACUAUCCAUUAUGGGUGGCAUUACGAAAGAACAAGCCCUGUGGCAAGCCUACAGGGUUGCAUACAAGCUCAAGUACAGGAUAUGGUGGAAACCAGUAACGCAGGGCCAUGGUGUAGGAAACUGCGAAGAUCAGCCAAUAGUGGAGUACGUUUGCAAUCCUGAGAUAGAGUUCAGCCCUGAGGCAUCGUCAGUGCUGCAGCUCGUUUGUCGGGUCGAUUUGGGAGGUUCUUUUCGGCCCGAUAUCCCCACUGUGCUGGACCAUCCGCAGAUCCGCACUGUCGCCAUCGACACAAGAGAUGGUGUAGCGGUGCGCAUUCCGCACAUCCAAGCGUCCACUGCCGCUCAGUGCCACAGUGCAGGUAGUGCAGUUGCGCUUGAUGGUUUCGGUGGAGACAUGCUCUCCAUUGAUGCAGAAGAUGUUGGAAGAGAGUUUCGGGGAAGGAGAGCAGCUCGAGCUAAAGGACCUACGUGUUUGAUAUUUCGAACGGGAAAGAUCCUCGUUUUGGGGUGCAAAAGCCCCGAAGAGAUAAACGCAGCAAUCGACUUUGUUUGGCCGGCGGUUGUAGGACUGUAA